AUAUAUCUGUCAAUGUCAACAGUCAGUGUUCUAGUCAACAACUGUCAAAGGAAUAUCAGGAAAAGAAAGACCAAAAAAACGUGAAAAUCAAUGAAAAAAUUGUUUGAAUACCUAUAUUUAAUUAUUUGGAAUCAAUUAUUUAUAUAUAUUGCUGGCUAAGUCUUCAAAUAUGAGUAAUUUUUUGAAAGUGAAAAUUUAACUUAUACGCUACGCAAGUUUUAGAACUAACCUAUGACCUCGUGAAAUUAUUGGAACUCAUACUUUGUCUACUAUUCGAAAAGUUGUAAUAAUGGCUUUAAACUUAUUGAAAACAUUAUUGAAAAGAAAUGAUUUAUGCAAACUACUAAAUCACUCAAGGAACACCUCAGAAGAUGGAGCACUUUUAAUUAGGCUACUAAGUAGUGCAAGGAAUGUACAUUCAUCAAAUAUUAAAAAGCAGGUUUUUAAUGACCCAAUUCGGUCACAAUUUUUCUGUGCUUAUAGGUUUUACUCUGUCAAAACUGCUGAGCAACAAGACAUUAAUAAUUAUCGUACAGAGCAUAAGAUAACGGUAAUAGGUCAGGAUAUUCCUAGUCCUUUUACAGAUAUUGAUAAUAGUGAGUUUCCAGAUUACAUAAAAAAAUUUCUAAAGAGUCAAGGGUUUGAAAAGCCGACUGUGAUACAGUCGCAAGGAUGGCCUGUGGCCUUGAGUGGUCAGAACUUUGUUGGUAUUGCUCAAACAGGCACUGGUAAGACACUUGCAUACUUGUUGCCUGCUGUUGUGCAUAUUAAGGAGAAGGAAGCAAGGAGAGGGUUAGGUCCAAGAGCGCUUGUCCUGGCCCCCACCAGGGAGUUAGCUCGACAGAUAGAACAAGUUGCCAAAAAUUUCAGAAAGCUUUUGAAUGUAAAAUGUGCUUGUAUAUAUGGUGGGGCAAGUAGGUCUGCCCAGGCCAACAUCUUAGAAGCAGGAGUCGAUAUUCUUAUAGCUACUCCAGGAAGAUUGAAUGAUUUCCUUGUUAGCAAAACCACUACACUCUGUAGAUGUACUUAUGUUGUGCUCGAUGAAGCUGACAGAAUGUUGGAUAUGGGAUUUGAGCCACAAAUACGCCAAGCUUUAGAAGGCGUGCCACUGGAAAGACAAAUCUUAAUGUUCUCAGCGACAUGGCCAAAGGAAGUGCAACAUUUGGCUAAGGAUUAUUUGGGAGAGUAUGUGCAGGUUAAUGUAGGUUCCACAGAAUUGUCAGCCAACCACAAUAUAGAGCAACACAUUCAUAUUUGUGAGCAGCAAGCAAAAUUAGACAAGUUCAAGUCAAUAAUGCACAGUAUAGCGGGUGAUGGGUUUGGAAAGCUUCUCGUCUUCACAAAUACAAAGAGAUUUGUGGAUAAUUUAACUCUGAUGCUGAAGAGAAAUGGCUGGCCAGCAGUAGGGAUCCAUGGAGACAGGACACAAUUGCAAAGAGAUACCAUUAUUAAUAGAUUCAAAUCUGGGCACACCAACAUCUUAGUGGCUACUGAUGUCGCUGCUAGAGGUCUUGAUGUGAGCGGCGUCACUCAUGUAAUUAACUACGACUUCCCGAACACGUCAGAGGAUUACAUUCACCGUAUCGGUCGCACUGGGAGACAACAGAACAAGGGCGUAGCUCACACAAUGUUGACGGAAGACGACGCGCGGCAAGCGCAGAGCCUAAUCGCCGUGCUCAAGGAAGCCAAUCAGGAAGUUCCAAAAGAAUUGAUGGAUCUAGCACGUAGUUUCCGCCUUAAUAAGACAAAGGAACAUCAGUACAAGAAAUCAUACUCAUACAAAUCUAAUUACAACCAAAACUGGAACCCCAACAAACGAUUUAACAAAUUCCGCAGCAAUAGUAUGGACAGGCCAAACUUUAGAAAUGAUAGAUAUGAUAGAUACUAAAAUGUAUAUACCUACAUUGCAUUUCAUAGAUAUAGACAUCGUAUCUAGCACAACUUUGUAUGCCGCUGUAAUAAUAUAAAUUUUGAU